AUGCGCGUGCGCGACACUCUCGGUAGUACUCAAGUCCUCGAGCCGGAUCCGGCAUGGUCAUCGGAGCUUCUCAAAGGCGUCAAGUUAAGCGUUGACGCGAUGGCCAUAUCCCCCGAGCCCAAGGAUGGCGCUGGCAACGAAGCCCUCCUCCUUGACACAGUGGGAACCGUCCUGCAGAUGGCGAAAAUAGCUCGGAUGAACGAGACUAACGAAGAGGUCAAAGUGUUCUACAGCCAUUUAAGCCUACACUGCUUCAGACUACAAGAGCACUUGACACGCGCGCGGCAAGCAUCGUCCCGUCUCAACGGAGAAUUGGUUAGCCAGGCUCUGAGCCACCUCGGUUCCCUUGUCCCCGAGAGUGGUCUUCACGAAUUACCCACAUACCCUGUCACACCAGAUUUUCGGCUCAAGAGGCUUUACCUGCACUGGGAAGAGGCAAGAAGGCGGCAUGACAGGACAGAACUUGAUUUCAUCUACCGUUGGCUGAAACCGGGGGUCUCAGAAGCGCAGAGACACGAGGUGGACAAGGCCUUGGAGGCUUGUGCGGACGAACUCGACAAGCAACAGCCGGAGCAACCCUCCCUCAAAUCUCUUCACAAAUAUGCUUCCACUGAGAUUACCGAACCACCAUACGCCGUCUGCAAGGCAGCCAAAUCGAUUUACGAUGCAUUGAUCAACUGCAAGGGCUGUUCAUGCCCUGAUCCACAUGACUUCAAGGCCAAGCUCGAACUAGGAACAUACCGAAGCCCCGCGAAGAAGCAGGUAGUCAAGCCUGCUAGGAGGCGAGCUCGAAGAGGACGCGGUGAGGAUGAUGCGAGUGGGGGCAUCGAACUCGACAUGUUUCUCUCCAUGGAGCGAGAUUGGCACGAAUUUCGCGUCCAGACUGUCAAAGAGAGGGCCGAGAGGGCUGUUCGGUUUGGCCCCUCAGUUGACGAUGCUCCAUGCCGUGGAGGUAAAAUCGUCGAGCAGUAUGCAAAGGUGGAGAGGCUAUGCAGGCCGAUUAUCAAGACGAAAACAAAGGCAUUGCAACGACUCGUCCUGAGGUUGAAUAGUGGCGAGCUUUUCGAGAUUGGCUUUGAGAAGAGCAACUUUCAGAUCGAUCACAACGCCGAGCCAAUCUCUUUAUCGCAAUGCUUCGAAGACCGACAGGACUUUUUCACGGAGAAGACCAAGAGAAUCCUCUCACUCAUCAUUGGGUACACGGUACUUCAUCUACACAGUACUUCGUGGCUCCAGCCUGGAUGGGGUUCAUCGAAUAUCAAGUUUUUCCAGACAACAUCUUGCAAGACUCCCUUGCGGCCUUUCAUCGAAGCGCAGCUACUAAAGGCUGGCCCUGAAUCUUUCGGAGACGACUUAGAGGACGAGGAUGACGAGCUAGAUUCGGGGCAUUGCUGUCCAGAAGUGGUGGCCCUAGCUGUUGUCUUAAUGGAGGUCUAUUUCGCCAAACCUUUCAAAAGAUUAGCGGCCAUGCACGACAUCCAACUGAUAGAGACGAAGAGCGGUCGCAUAACGCUCAUGGAUGUGGACCAAGUGUUUGAAGGAGACGAGGAAAAUGAAGAAGGAUGGCGAUCCCAGAUUCCCGAAGACUCACCUCUUCUAGAGGCCAUCGAUAACUGCCUAGAUGCAGAGUUGUGGGAGGACGAGGAAGGACAGCCCCUCGACAGUGCAACACUGAGGUCGCUCAUUUAUCAAAAGGUUGUCCGGCCACUCGAACUUGACUUGACCAACGGCUUCCGCAACAUUCAACUGGAUGAGGUCGACCAAUACGCCAGGAAUCUCGACUUUGGAAAAUGGGGUCAGCCCAUGUUUACUCAAGAAUCAGAUGGCCGGACCGGUUUGUUGUGCCCUCGGGAGGUGUUGCCUGUCCGCUCUCCUUCACCUGGACCAUUCGCCCUGCUUUCCCCAGGCCAAAUUGCUAUUGGACCUGAUGGAUGGAAAUAUAUGCAUCACGCUUCACGACUGCAUUCUUUCGCUUCAAUUUCUACACCAGAUACGGAUUCGAUGUCGAGUUCUCCUUUUGACUACAAGGCAUUCCAACGCCUUCGACUACGGAUGUUUGAUAUCUACGAUACAGCUGCUGACGUUACCGCUCACAGGACCGAUAAGUACAUAAGAUGGAAAUCUGAAUACGAACAGGUCUACAAGAAAUUCGUUGGCAACUACCUUCAGAACCCUCCGUCACAGCCGGUAAAGAUUGCGGUUCUCGACACUGGCAUCGAUAGAGACCAUUUUGUCUUUGAAGCCCGCGAGGAAAACCUCAAAGGCAAGAAGAACUGUUACAACGAAUCUCAGAAGAACGUACCAGAUACCCAUGGGCAUGGCACAUUUACGGCCAAUCUUAUUCUGGACUAUGCUCAAGAUGCUAGUCUCUACGUUAUUAAGAUCGCGGGCAAGGAGAAUACGAGACCAGAUGCGAAGAUCGUGGCCAAUGCCAUCAACCAUGCUAUAGAUAAAUGGGACGUCGAUAUCAUCUCCAUGUCGUUUGGGUGGCCGUCUUCUGACUUUGACGGCUAUGAUGCUCUUCAAACCGCAAUCGACAAGGCAAUGUCUAGGAAAGUUCUCAUGUUUGCUGCCGCCGCCAACUCAGGCGGUCGACUAGGCCGGGCAUACCCUGCCAGCAGCUCGCAAGUCAUCUGCGUGCACUCGACCAAUACAAACGGGAGUGCGUCUGACUUUAGCCCGACGGCCGAGCCCAAUGCCAUCAACAUUGCGACGGUCGGCGAGUCGGUUCAGUCAGCGUGGCCCAUGCUGCUCUGCCAGAACAAUAACACAGGUUACAUGAUGUCCCGAUCCGGCACAUCCUACGCGACUCCCAUUGUUGCUGGCAUGGCGGCGUUUCUACUUCAAUAUGCGCGUCUGCAUCUCUCUGAGGGCGAGGCACUGGCGCUGAAGCGGAGGGAGAAGAUGGAGGCCCUACUAAGGAGAUGUGCCGUACGGGGGCCAAGUUAUCAACCUAGGGAUGGGUACUUCUUUGUUCAUCUGAGUUUGGAUAAGCAUAAUCUGUUUGGAGGGGAGUUGGAUUGGGUCAGUUAUGAGAUUUCAAGGGCAUUAAAGACAUAG